AACGUUGGAAUAUCCACUACAUAUCCAGCAAAUGAUCUUCUUGGGAUUUAGGAGUCGUCUCUCUCUCUCUCUCGCCUCCUAACUCCUUGCAAAGACCAUCCGCUAUUCAGAGGUCGAUACAGACACUGGCAAGUUUCAGCUAAUGUUCCCAGCAAACCCUACCUCCCUCUUCUUCCCUUCCAACCCCUCUCCCCUCUUGCCUCUCCAACUCCCUUCCUCCCUCCGCUGCCGCGCCUCUGACGUCCCCGUCGGCCCCACUUUUCCUCGCUGGCUCCACUUCUCCGCCUCCGCCGCCGACAUUCCCGGCCUCCGAUUAGGACAGGACUCCGACGGGUCUGUCUCCGUCGGUCCCUCGUCUCCCGACGUCGCGAGGCGUGGUGUCACAUCUGGCAACAAUGGCGGCAGAGUCAAAGUGAAUGCGAGAGAGCCGAAAUGGUCGAGGGAUAGGGAGAGUUAUCUGACGGACAAUGGGGACGCUCUCCCUCUCCCCAUGACUUACCCUAAUUCGUCUCCUGUCUCCCCCGACGAAAUUGAGCGGCGAUUGCAAUGCGACCCGCAAGUUGAGGAUUGUAAAGAAGUGGUGUAUGAAUGGACUGGAAAGUGUAGAAGUUGCCAAGGGUCUGGAUUUGUCAGCUAUUACAACAAAAGGGGAAAAGAGAUUACCUGCAAAUGUAUACCUUGCCUUGGAAUUGGAUAUGUGCAGAAGAUAACAGCUCGCAAGGACAUUGAGGUAAUGGAGGAUUUGGAUAAUGGAAAAUCUUCUUGACCUAAUAUUCUUUUUCUUUUUGGCACUAACAUAAUGUAUUCUACACCUCAUUUAAAAAGCUGUAAUUUUUUUAACAACCUUUCUUUAAAGUUUCCAUGUCCAUCACCCUUUAUGCUGAUAUACGAUGAAAGGCAAAUCCUCAAAAAGGAGAGGUUAUAGAACAGAAGCAAGGAAUUUAUUGUAACUUUUUGAAAGAAUGUAUUCUUUCGUAUAAUUCUUUAAUCUUUACUGCAGCCCGAUAUUGUUCUUUGUUUAUCUUAUCAGCCAAUUGAGAAUCUUAUUUGUGAAGCUACAAGUUGUUAAGGAAUAAAUUUGGAACCUUUGUUUGCUUUC